AGCUUUGACAAUAUUUCUUGGAUGCACAUAUGCAAAAGUUAUAAAUUAUCUUUUUACAAUUAUUAUCAACAGCGUACAAAUUAGUAAAAAUAAAAAAAAAGAAAGAAAUGACUUAAUAAAUGAAUGCAUUUAUACAAAAAGAUUAAUAAACGUAAUAGGUUCAAUAGCAAAAUUGAUGAAAAGCGCCAUGGAUGCAUUAGAUUCAUUACAUUACUUACCAUGGGCUCAUUUUAAAGAAAAUUGCAAAAAUCAAUACAUAAUGAGUCCUUUGUUGGAAAAAAUAGGAGAUUUUUCCGAUAAAUUAAACGAACGGACUGUAUCACGUAAUGAUAUUUUUACAUACUCUUCGGUAUUUAAAAAGAUAGAUUUAUUUUCUAAAAAUAUAAAAAAUGAACUUCUAUUUGAAACUAAUUCAUAUUGUGAAUAUGCAUCUUAUAAUGAGAACUAUUUAUGGGAUGAAUGGAUCCAAGAAUAUAAUGCCAUUAUUAAACAUGACGAAAAAUUAGUAUUUUUAAAGUUUUUAACCAGAAAAUGUAAUGAUUAUAUCAAGACUGUAAUUAUAGAAUAUUAUUUUCAACUGGGAUUUAAAUAUGAUCCAAUUACUGAAGAAAUAUUUUUACCAACACCCGGGGAGCUAAUUAUACAAGAAUUAGAACUUAAAGCAACAGAUGAUGAACCUCCAACUCUAUUACAAAUAGAAACUCAUUAAAUGUUGUAAUAAAAUUAAUCUUUGUUUACAUUAUUGUUAUAUAAUUAAGCACAACUUACUUUAAUACUGAGUAAAUCUAUAAAUUAUUAUUAAAAAUAAAUAUGAAUUGUGCAUUAUACAAUUUUUUA